GAAAGGGCAAGAUAAUGUUACGCCGACUCCUUUUCAUUUUAUUUAAUCGGAAAAGAAAAACGAAAUAACGAAGACUCUUAUUCGAAGCUACACAAGCCAUAGCUCCUGCUAUUUCUUCCCGUCUCUCUCUUCUUUGACUUUUUUUCCCAGUUUGAGUUUUUUUUUACAGAUCAUCAGAUUUGGUUUCAUAUUCAGACGCUGAGAUUUCAGAUUCCUGAAAGAUCUGGCUAUUGAUCGAAAGAGUGAAACAAAAAAAAUGGACUACCCUGAAAGUUAUCGGAUAACGUUUACUGGAAUCUUGGUUGCUUUUCUUGAAUUAGCAUUUGCUUAUUGUCUAUUAUGUGUAUCAGCUUUGGUCUUUAUUGCGUCCAAGUUCUUACUCUAUUUACCUUGUCCCUCUUCUGGAAUGCUUGGGUACCAAAACGUCCAUAAACUUCUCUUUGACUUGCCAUUCGAGAUCAUACUCCGAAUCCAGAAGAUGGCCGUUGCCAGUAGAACAAGCGUUUGGCAUCAUCAAGACCAAGAAGAAGAGAGAAAGAGUUCGGUUGGUAAAGAUAAGAACUUGGAAUUAAUGAAUAAGGUGAGAUUGCUUGAAGAAGCUGUUGAGGAAGAGAGGUUGGCUCGAUCUGCUCUAAUCGUGGAAUUGGAGGAAGAAAGAGCGGCUUCAGCGUCAGCAGCUGAUGAAGCCAUGGCUAUGAUUCUGAGGUUACAAGCUGAUAAAGCUUCACUUGAAAUGGAAGGGAAGCAGUAUGAGAGAAUGAUUGAGGAGAAAUUUGCAUAUGAUGAGGUAGAGAUGAAUAUUCUCAAGGAGAUUUUAUUCAAAAGGGAGAGGGAAAAGCAUUUUCUUGAGAAGGAACUUGAGACUUACAAGCACAUUGAUGAUGAUGAUGAUGAUGAUCAAGAAGCGAUUGUGUAUGAUGUUCAUGUCAUUGAAAAUGAUAAUAAUGCUAAGAAGAAAGAUGUUGACGCAGCAGAACAUAAAGUAAGGGACUGUGAUGAUCAAGUGAAGCAAAUGGAUGACUUAUUGAAGGAUAGUGAUUCAUCAACAUAACCUUCUUAAUAAAGUUUUUCUGUUGGUUGUAAUAUCUUUGCUAUCUUGCUUACUCUGUUUUCUGUAAUGUGGUUUGGGUAGACUUUGUAUAAAUUUGUGAAAAUAUUAAUGUACAACUUUGUGACA